AUGAACUUACAUGUGAGGAGAACAAUCCAAAUCAAUGAUGAUGCGGGAGUAAGGAUCAACAAGACUUUUCAAUCGCUUGUUAAAGAUGCAGGAGGACAUGAAAAUAUUCCCUUUUGUGAAAAGGAUGUGAGGAAUUAUAUUAACAAAGAGCGUUGUACGAUUGGAAAAGAAUGUGAUGUUAAGACUUUGAUAAGUUAUUUUUGUAAAAUGAGGGAACAAAAUACAAAUUUCUUUUAUGACAUAGAUUUGGAUGAUGAUUUUCAUGUGAGUAAUGUAUUUUGGGUUGAUGCAAGAAGUAGAGCCGCUUAUGAAUAUUUUGGAGAUGUUGUAACUUUUGACACAACAUACUUGACUAACAAGUAUAACAUGUCUUUUGCUGCAUUCGUGGGUGUGAAUAACCAUGGUCAAUUAACAUUACUUGUUUAUGGAUUGCUAUCAGGUGAAGACACAUAUUCUUUUAUGUGGUUGUUCAAGUCAUGGUUUUGGCUUCAUUGUAUGCUAGAAAAAUCACCUUUAGGUAUUGUGAUCAAUCAAUGUAAGGCUAAGAAAAAUGCUAUUGAGUUAGUCUUCCCUACAACUCAUCAAAGGUGGUGUUUUUGGCAUAUAAUGAAAAGAGUUCCAGAAAAUCUUAGCGGAUAUGGUGAGUAUAAAAGGAUCGAGUAUGCAAUGAAGGAAGUAGUAUAUGAUACAUUCACAACAGCUAGUUUUGAACAAAAAUGA